AAGUGCUAGGAUUACAGGUGUGAGCCACCGCGCCUGGCCCACAUUUCUGCCUUUUAUAUAGUCACCAGUAUAUUAGAUGAGGGCCCACCCUACUUCAGUAUGACUGCAUCUCAGCCAAUUACAUCUCCACUGACCCUGUUUCCCAGUAUGGUCAUAUUGUGAGAUCCCGGGAUUUCAACAGAGGAAUAUUGGGAGCACAUAAUACAUAAGUCAUAGCAGUGUCUUAACCUGGGUUUUCCCCCACAAAGCAAAGUCUGAGACAUGGGUUUGUGUGCAUAUUUUAUUCUAGGACAUGAUCCUGAGGAACAGAAGUGAGAGACUGAGGAGAGUUCAGCAGGGAAAAGGGAAAGUCAGUCCAAGGUGUUCUCAAGUCAGACACUAUUGGAAGCUGAUACUAUUUUUGCUGUCUUCUGAAAAGUAGAUAUUUUUCUUCCUAACUCACUCUUUCUCCGAGAUUAUGAUACUUCCUGGGUCACCAGUUUUGGAAAAUGGUCUUCAAUUGGGUUCUUUCCUUGUCUAGGGUAACACUUGUCUCUCAGUCCCCUUGUGGCCUGAACAGCCGGCCAGCUGGUCCAGUACCUGCCUUGGGUCCUCAGUCACUGCCCUCAUGCAGCUCCUGUUUUAUUCCUACAUUCAGCACAUUCCCCCUACUGUCUUGCAGGCCAUCCAGUCACUUAGAAGAUGGUUUUUAAACAUUUAUUAAGCAAUCUUAAAUGUUCUGAAGUGGAGAGUUUCAAGAUCUGUAGUCUGCCAUAUUGCUAUAAAUAGAAUAGAAAUGACUUACUUAAAAAAAAUAGAAUGAAUUCAAGACUAUCCUUAUGCCAUUUCACAAAGGUAUGUUCUGAUAGACUGUUGGGAUUAGAGAAACGAGGUGUUGUUAUGGAUUUUGAUAGUUGCUCAGUCCCCAGCCUGGGCUGCAGAGGACAGUCCCUGGGCCCUGGACUGUCAUUAGUGGCUGGGCUGUCACUUGUCCUGUUUCUCUAGGCUAUGUCAUACCUGAAUUACCGGUGGAGAGGCCUCAACUUACUAAAUGAUAAUGACAGCAGUCACAAGUUAAGGAAUACUAAAGUUUGAAUUGAUGAUGGGAUAAUGUUGGCACUUGUCAGAACUUGGUAUCCUUGGAUUCCAUCCAUCCAUCCAUCCAUCCAUCCAUCCAUCCAUCCAUCCAUCCGUCCGUCCGUCCGUCCAUCCAUCCAUCCAUCCAUCCAACUGAUGUCAAUUGAGCUCCUGCUGUAGAUCACUUACUGUGCUAGGCACUGGGGAGACAGGUAAACAAUGCCUGUCCUUAGGAAGCCCAGAAUCUAGUGAGCAGAUAGUUCAUUUCAGUGGGCAUGAUAAGGGCAGGGAGAAGCCUAGGGAGAGGCGCCAAUCUAGCUUCAGAGCAUCGAGGAUGAAACUCGUAUCUGUGCUGCAUCUGAAGGGCCAGAAGGAGCCAUCCAUAUAGAGAGCCAGGGAAGGGCAUUCCAGGCGGGGGUGAGAGGAUCCAUCCAGAUGGAGAGCCGGGGAAGGGCAUUCCAGGCGGGGGUGAGAGGACCCAUCCAGAUGGAGAGCCGGGGAAGGGCAUUCCAGGCGGGGCUGAGAAUGGACACAGCCAUAUAGAGAGCCGGGGAAGGGCAUUCCAGGCGGGGCUGAGAAUGGACACAGCCAUAUAGAGAGCCAGGGAAGGGCAUUCCAGGCGGGGCUGAGAAUGGACACAGCCAUAUAGAGAGCCGGGGAAGGGCAUUCCAGGCGGGGGUGAGAAUGGACACAGCCAUAUAGAGAGCCGGGGAAGGGCAUUCCAGGCGGGGCUGAGAAUGGACACAGCCAUGGAGGCCAGGGAGUGUUUGUGUUUGGGGCACUGCAGGUGCCAGAGCAUAGCUGGGAAGGCCUGAGAGUGGGGCAGGAAAUGGCAAAAGCUGAGCCUGCAGGAAGCCUGGGGCCUUCAUGUGGAAGCCUCAGCAACUGUGUUGGGGAGCACAGCUGAGGAACUGGGGAACUCUCUUACUUUGGCAGUGAGAGGUGCAAUGAGUUGUUGUGUUCAUUUCUCGCAGCAGCCAGCUCCUACCGCCGAAGAGAAAACACACAGGCUUUGGAGUCAAGGAAGCCUUAUAUUCAGAUUCCAGCUCCACUCUGGGUGGUCUUAUAAUUGAUUAUUUACCUUCUGGAAACCUCUCUUUCCUCAUGUCAUAAGUGAGAGAAAAUGGACUAAACAGCCUCCUCUGUUUCCAGUAUCCUGUGGUUCUGUGGGGAAAACUAUGUAAAUGUGCCCCCCCACCCCACACACACAGCUUAGGUAAAAACAGUGCCCAAGUUUGGGAAUAUUUGCAGAUAUUGUCCUGAUGGUAAUUCUGUCAAUUUCUGGUUUCCAGCUAGCUGUUUAACUUCUGACGGUGAUUCAUGGAUAUUGAUGGUGAAUGGAUGUUUGUUCAAUGAGUAAAUUCUCAUGCCUGAAACAAAACGUUAGCUGUAUGACUUCCAAUGCAUUGCACUAACCCAGCUCUGAUUUUCUUGAUAGAUGAGCUCUCUCCGGAACCGCACAACCUUUCUUUAUACUCCGUGGAGCUCGUGCUGAAGAAAAGCACUGGACACAGCGCUGCACAAGUGGCCUUAACAGAAACUGCUCCCUGGUCCCAGUACAGCAGUCCUCUCCAUGUCACAGCCCCGCCAUCUGCCGCUACUUUUGAUACAGCCUUUUUUAGCCAAGGAAAACAGACUGAAAGUACAGCAGAUCACAGCAUCUUUGUGGCAACUUACGUGUCAGUGACGAGUAAUGAGGUGGCUGUUGAUGACGAUGAGAUGGAUAACUUUCUGCCGGAUACUCACUGGACCACUCCACGGAUGGUUUCUCCAAUACAGUAUAUCACAGUCAGCCCACCGGGGCUGCCCGGGGAAGCGUUAGAACCUGUGCUCACUCCAUCAUUACCCAUGGUUUCUUUACAAGAUGAAGAAGUGACAUCGGGCUGGCAGAACACAACGCAACAACCAGCGGCAUAUGCUGAGUCCGCCAGUCUUUUCCACACCUUUCGGUCAGCUUUUCACACCUCUGAGGGCAUCGUUCCAACUCCUGGCAGGAAUUUGGUGCUUUAUCCUACUGAUGCUUACAGUCAUUUAUCAAGCAGGACUCUGCCAGAGAUUGUGGCUUCCCUAACAGAGGGUGUGCAAACCACCGUUUUUUUUAGCUCCUGGUCUUUAAUGCCGCAGCCGUUAGGUGAUGGCAUUACUAUACCUUUUCCCUCCUUGGGGGAGGUCUCACAACCUCCAGAGGAGGUUUGGGCCACAAGUGCAGACAGAUACCCUGAUGUGACCACCAUGUUGAGUCAAAGCCUAGAAGAAACCAUCUCUCCAAGAGCAUACCCUACUGUGACUGCAUCGCACGCAGCCCUUGAAUUCAGCAGGACACAUUCUGCAUUGCUUUCAACUCCUGUUGCGUUUGCGUCCUUCUCUGCUCCACCAACUGAUGUUUCAUCUAACCCCUUUCUCCCUAGCGACUCCAGCAAGACAUCAGAAUUGCUUAGCAAUUCGGCCCUCCCCGGUCCUGUGGACAACACUCAUAUCCUGAGCCCGGUGUCCUCAUUCAGACCAUACACUUGGUGCGCGGCCUGCACUGUGCCUUCACCUCAGCAAGUUCUGGCCACGAGCCUCAUGGAGAAAGACGUGGGAUCAGGGGAUGGUGCCGAGACUCUGUCCAUGACCGUGCUGGAAGAAAGCAGCGUCUCUCUAAUGAAUAGCGUCGUAGCAGACUUCUCUGAAUUUGAGGAAGAUCCUCAAGUAUUUAAUACGCUUUUCCCCUCCAGACCUAUGGUCCCACUUUCUUCUAGAUUCAUGGAAAUCUCAGAGACGAGUGUUGGCAUUGCUGCCGAGGUGGAUAUGAGUAGUGUUACAGCCACACAGGUUCCCCCUGCCCACGGCCGCCUCUCUGUGCCAGCAUCACUUGAUCCUACUGCUGGCUCCUCGUCUGUUGCUGAAACCCAAGUGAUGCCAUCCCGUGUGACCACUGCAUUUUUCUCCGUCAUCACCAGCAUUCUCCUUGACUCAUCUUUCUCUGUCAUAGCAAACAGAAACACACCGUCGCCUGCCGUCAGAGACCCGAGUGUUUUUAUGCCUUUCAGUCUGCUUCCUUCAGUGGAGUCUUCACAUUUCUCUGACCAAGAACCUUCCAGUUUUUCUGAGCAUCAACCCGGAGGUGCUUUGGAUUUUGCAUCCAGCUUUUUCUCAACACCCCCGCUGGAACUCAGCGGCUCCGUCCCUUUGCCUUCGGAAGCGCCUGCGUCUCUGUCUCCGAUGCCGAGUGACUUGUCUCCCUUGACGUCUCAGUCUUUUUCUACCUUGGUUGAGACAUUUACGUUGUUCAACUCUAGUGGUCUGCAGUCAUCUCAGCUGUCUCUUCCCAGUUCCUCAAAUCUUGAGUUUUCGCAGCUCCAGUCAAGCUCCGAGCUGCCUUUAAACACCGUCACUUUCCUACCUAGCCGUUCUGGGGCGUCACCAUGGGCAAGCUUCCCUUCUGAUUCUCUCGAGUUUGUUGAAGCGUCUGUGGUUUCACUGAGGGAUUCAGAAGCUCAUUUUACCUCAGCUUUCACUGAAACUACCUCCUAUCUUGAGUCUUCACUCGUUUCCCGCGAAUCCGCAGUCACCGCACUGGUGCCCCCCAGCUCCGAGUCUUUGGACAUUUUGACGGCUGGGAUUCAAGCAACAUCACCAUUGACCACUGUGCACACGGCGCCCAUUUUAACUGAGUCUUCUUUGUUCUCAACUCUGACACCUCCUGACGACCAAAUCAGUGAUCUAGACGGUCAUGUGUCUGUCCUGGCCUCUUUCUCCAAAGCCAUUCCCACUGGUACAGUGUUGAUCACUGACACGUACCUGCCAUCAGGAUCCUCAUUUGUUUCUGAAGCAACCCCCUUCCCUCUGCCCACAGAGCUGACCGUCGUGGGCCCAUCACUCACACCCACAGAGGUGCCACUGAACACCUCCACGGAAGUGAGCACAGCCAGCUCCGGUGCUGCCACUGGUGGUCCCCUCGACUCCACCCUGAUGAGCGACACCACAAGUCAGAGCCCCCCAGAGGGCAGCGCUGCUCCUCCCCUGCCGUCCCUGCAUCCCGUGACCGCCUUCACUCUCGAAGCAACAGUCGACACGCCAACACUGGCCACCUCCAAGCCGCCAUAUGUUUGUGAUAUCACAGUCCCCGAUGCCUAUCUGAUCACAACUGUGCUGGCCAGAAGAGCUGUGCAGGAGUACAUCAUUACAGCAAUCAAAGAAGUACUGAGGAUUCACUUCAACCGUGCAGUGGAACUGAAGGUUUACGAACUAUUUACUGACUUCACUUUUCUGGUAACAUCCGGUCCUUUUGUUUACACGGCAAUAUCAGUCAUAAAUGUGCUUAUAAACAGUAAGCUUGUGCGUGACCAGACUCCUUUAAUCCUGUCUGUGAAACCUUCUUUCCUUGUGCCAGAGUCCAGGUUCCAAGUUCAAACAGUACUUCAGUUUGUGCCUCCGAGUGUGGAUACUGGCCUCUGCAACUUCACCCAGCGCAUCGAGAAAGGCCUAAUGACAGCUCUCUUUGAAGUGAGGAAACACCACCAGGGAACGUAUAACCUCACUGUGCAGAUCUUGAAUAUCACCGUCAGUUCCUCCAGGGUGACUCCUCGGCGGGGCCCGGUGAAUAUCAUCUUUGCGGUUAAAAGCACACAGGGAUUUUUGAAUGGAUCAGAAGUGAGCGAGCUGCUCAGGAACUUGAGUGUGGUGGAGUUCAGUUUCUAUCUGGGAUACCCAGUACUGCAGAUCGCAGAGCCCUUCCAGUAUCCACAGCUCAACUUAUCUCAGUUGCUGAAGUCCUCCUGGGUCCGAACAGUUCUCUUGGGCGUCGUGGAGAAGCAACUCCAGAAUGAAGUGUUUCAAGCCGAGAUGGAACGCAAGCUGGCCCAGCUGCUCAGCGAGGUUUCCACCAGAAGGCGGAUGUGGAGAAGGGCCACUGUAGCUGCAGGGAACAGCGUGGUGCAGGUGGUAAAUGUGUCGAGGCUGGAGGGAGAUGACAAUCCUGUACAGCUCAUCUACUUUGUGGAGGAUCAAGAUGGAGAAAGACUCAGUGCAGUCAAGUCUUCGGACCUGAUUAACAAGAUGGACCUCCAGAGAGCAGCCAUUAUCUUGGGUUACCGAAUUCAAGGUGCCAUAGCCCAGCCUGUGGACAGGGUGAAGAGGCCGCCUCCGGAAUCCCAGAGCAACAACUUGUGGGUCAUUGUUGGUGUGGUCAUCCCGGUGCUGGUGGUGAUGGUGAUUGUUGUCAUCCUCUACUGGAAACUCUGCCGCACGGACAAGCUGGACUUUCAGCCUGACACCGUGGCCAACAUUCAGCAGCGUCAGAAGCUGCAGAUCCCAAGUGUGAAGGGCUUCGAUUUUGCUAAGCAGCAUCUGGGUCAGCACAAUAAAGACGACAUCUUGAUUAUUCAUGAGCCAGCGCCACUGCCAGGACCUCUGAAGGACCACACCACGCCCUCGGAAAAUGGGGAUGUGCCAAGCCCCAAGUCAAAGAUCCCUUCCAAGAACGUCCGUCACAGAGGAAGAGUUUCUCCCUCAGAUGCUGACUCUACGGUCAGCGAAGAGUCCAGCGAGAGGGACGCAGGAGAUAAGCCACCGGGAGCCGUCAGCGAUGGCAGGUCCCACAGAGCCCCGCAGAGCGGGCCACCACUGCCCAGUUCGGGAAACGAGCAGCACUCAUCAGCCUCCAUCUUCGAGCACGUAGACAGGAUCUCCCGCCCCCCGGAGGCUAGCCGGCGGGUCCCCAGUAAGAUCCAGCUCAUUGCCAUGCAGCCGAUCCCGGCACCUCCCGUCCAGCGCCCCUCUCCAGCCGACCGAGUGGCAGAAACCAAUAAAAUCAACAAAGAGAUUCAGACUGCGCUGCGGCACAAGUCUGAGAUCGAGCACCAUCGCAACAAGAUCCGCCUGCGUGCCAAGCGCCGCGGGCACUACGAGUUCCCGGUGGUGGACGACCUGUCCUCGGGUGACACCAAGGAGCGACACCGGGUGUACCGCAGGGCGCAGAUGCAGAUCGACAAGAUCCUGGACCCCACGGCCAGUGUGCCCUCCGUGUUCAUAGAGCCCAGGAAGAGCUCACGGAUAAAACGUUCUCCCAAGCCUCGCCGGAAACACCAGGUCAACGGCUGUCCUGCCGACGCUGAGAAGGACCGGCUCAUCACCACAGACAGCGACGGCACCUACAGGAGGCCCCCCGGCGUCCACAACUCGGCCUACAUCGGAUGCCCAUCGGAUCCUGACCUCCCAGCCGAUGUGCAGACACCAUCCUCGGUGGAACUGGGGAGAUAUCCAGCCCUUCCUUUCCCGGCCUCCCAGUACAUCCCACCCCAGCCGUCCAUCGAGGAGGCACGCCAGACCAUGCACUCCCUCCUGGACGACGCCUUUGCCCUCGUGGCCCCCAGCAGCCAGCCUGCCAGCGCCGCAGGCGUGGGCCCCGGAGUCCCACCUGGCCUGCCCGCAAACAGCACCCCUUCCCGGGAAGAGAGGCGAACCACGCAGUGGGGGUCCUUCUACAGCCCAGCCCAGACGGCCAACAACCCCUGCAGUAGAUAUGAAGAUUAUGGAAUGACUCCCCCAACAGGUCCAUUGCCAAGACCAGGUUUUGGCCCCGGUUUGCUGCAGUCUUCAGAGCUGGUGCCCCCUGACCCCCAGCAGCCACAGGCGUCCGCUGAAGCCCCAUUUGCUGCCAGAGGGAUCUACUCGGAGGAGAUGCCGUCGGUGGCCCGGCCUCGGCCUGUCGGGGGUACCACAGGCUCCCAGAUCCAGCACCUGACACAGGUGGGGCUUGCCAGCAGAAUCGGAGCUCAGCCAGUGGAAAUCCCCCCAAGCAGAGGCAGCCAGUACGGGGGGCCAGGCUGGCCUUCGUACGGGGAGGAUGAAGCAGGGCGAAGAGAGGCCACACACAUGCUCGGACAUCAAGAGUAUUCUUCUUCACCGCUGUUUCAGGUGCCAAGGACUUCAAGCAGGGAGCCCUCAGCUCCUCCCGGGAACCUCCCCCACCGGGGGCUGCAGGGCCCUGGGCUGGGUUACCCCACCAGCUCCACGGAAGACCUCCAGCCCGGCCACUCCUCAGCCUCUCUCAUCAAAGCGAUCCGCGAGGAGCUCCUCCGGCUCUCCCAGAAACAGAGCACCGUGCAGAACUUCCAUAGCUGAUCGGCCUCGCCUCGCAGAUUUGCCAAGUAUCCGCUUCCCGUGGAAGCAAGACCAAAAGGAAAUCAACUGAGUGGGUGUUUGGAAGAGGAAGGAGCAACUCCUGGGCAGCCUGCCUAAGGGAGGGAGCAAGUUGCAAUUUAGAAGAUGCCAUAUGUCACAUGACAGCUCACGAGCCUUUCACUGGGCUGGCAGUUGACCACUUGGGUUCGGUUGAAAUGUACGUAUUUUGGCCAAAAGCCAGCAGCACUUCACAAAAACAAAACACAAACCUAAGCUAACAAAACGACUGCAUUCGUCUCUUUUUUAAAGGCAGAGAUUGAACUUAUAGACAGCAUAGGGAUGAAAGGAACCAAGCGUUCCUGUGGCAUUGAGACUGGUACGUGUACGAUGAACCUGCUGCUUUGUUUUCUGAAAAGAGGUUUGAAGACAUUUUAUUAACGGCUUGAUUUUUCUCUUUUACUCCAUAGGAACUUAUUUUAAUAGUAACAUUAACAACAAGAAUACUAAGACUGUUUGGGAAUUUUAAAAAGCUACUAGUGAGAAACCAAAUGAUAGGUUGUAGAGCCUGAUGACUCCAAACGAAGCCAUCACCCACAUUCUUCCUCCUUAUUCUGGUGCUAAGCUCCAAGGGCCCUUCACCUUCAUGUCUGAAACGCAACUUUGGCUUUUUCAGUGGAAGAAUAUGUUGAAGGUUUCAUUUUGUUCUAGAAAAAAAAAAAAUCCCUCCCAAAGCGGGGCAAAAAGCUUUAUAUUUAUUUGGUUAUCCAAAAUACAGAUCAAAGUUGAGAUCUACGUUCUUCAUUGUAUUUGCUGUUUCUUAAUUGGGCAUAUACAACUCCUGGUCACGUCCCAGGUCAGCACCCAUCGCUCAGGCCAAUCCUGUAGAAUGAGGCUUUCAAGAGGUCCUCACUGAUCCUUUCUUCCACUUUGCUGUUGAUUUGUUCACAGAUUAUGUUUGAAUGAGAAAUCUUCCGUAAGCAAAAGUUAUUUAAGAAUUCCCAGCACCACCACAUUGUUACACAUACAUCCCUACCAGUCACAUUCCCUGUGUUCAGAGCCUGGAAAUGAAAUUGAGUUCAGUUCAGCCUCUGUGUAAUGAAUCAAGAAAUGUAAAAGAGCUUUGAGACCACAAGGGAAAGGAGAGAGUUGCGUCUCAUUUCUGAUUUUAUUGUGCUCUUAUUCUGUCGAGUGGCUCUUAAAAUUGUCUCAUGCUCUUUGGGCCUAAGAGAGGAUCAUCUCGCUUAAGAUUUACUCCCGAUGUAAACAUUUCCCCCACUUUCCAAAUAAUGGCAAAGAAAACAGUGGCAAGGGCCAUUCUGUUUUCUGGUACCUGAGUGAAACUCAGAAGAAAAGCAGGCUUAGCUAAGAGAUUUUCACUAUGAACCUGUUUUUAUUAGAUCAACGAAGACAGUCAUGCAUCGCUUAAUGAUGGGGACGCGUUCUGAGAAAUGUGUCAUUAGGCUGUUUUGUUGCUGUGCUAACAUCCUAGAAUGUACUUACACAACCUACAUGGUAUAGCCUACUGCACACCUAGGCUGUGUGGCAUGGCCCAUUGCUCCUAGGCUAUAAGCCUGUACAGCCUGUUACUGUACUGAGCACAAUGGUAAGUAUUUGUGUAUCUCAACAUAUCUAAACAUA